GUUAUUGACAAUGCAGCCACUGGAAUCAGUGACGUUUGAAGAUGUAGCUAUAGACUUCACCCAGGAAGAGUGGGCCCUGCUGGACACAUCCCAGAGAAAGCUGUACAGAGAUGUGAUGCUGGAGAGUAUCGAUCAUCUGGUCUCCAUUGGGUAUCAGAUCUUUAAAUCUGAUGUGAUUUUCCAGUUGGAGCAAGGAAAAGAGCUAUGGAGUGAAGGAGAUGGAUUUCUCCAAGGCCAGAGUCCAGGCAGCAAAAGUCCUCUUAGAAAACAAGAAAUUAUAUCAAUGUCUCACACUCAUGUGGAUCCUAUUGAAUGUAUUGAUAUGGUUGAUGAAUUUGCUCAUAGAUCUGUGUCCACUCAACAAUUGUCAAUUCCCAUGGGAAGGAAAUGUGAUGUCAGCAAACAGUGCGGAAAAUCACUUCGUAAAGACUCACCCCAUAAUCAACAUGAUCAAAUUAAUGCUAGGGGUAGAUCUUGUGAAUGUCAUCUAUGUGGGAAAGCCUUUAGUAAUUGUUUUAGCCUUAGACGACACAAGAUGACCCACACUGGAGAAAAACCAUAUAAAUGUCAUCUGUGUGGGAAAGUCUUCAGUCAAAAUUCUUACUUAACACAACAUGAGAAAACUCACACAGGGGAGAAGCCAUAUGAAUGCCAUGUAUGUAAGAAAGCUUUCUCCCAGCGUUCUUACCUUAGAAAACAUGAGAGAAUUCAUCCUGGAGAUAAACGUUAUGAAUGUGUUCAGUGUGGGAAAGCCUUUAGUCAAAGAUCUGGCCUGAGCCAACACAAGAGAAUCCACACAGGAGAGAAACCAUAUAUAUGUAUUCUAUGUGGGAAGGACUUCUUUCAAAGUUCUGAACUUACACGGCAUAACAGAACACACACAGGAGAGAAACCAUAUGAAUGUCAUCAGUGUGGGAAUGCCUUCAGUCAAUAUUCUAAUCUUAGACGACAUGAGAGAACCCACACUGGAGAGCAGCCAUAUGAAUGCCAGCUAUGCAGGAAAUUCUUCAGUCAUCGUUCUUCCCUUAGACGACAUGAGGAGACCCAGCACUGA